CAUUGAACUACGUGUAACUAUCUGUUACAAUUAUAUUGUAAUGCUUUGAGCUUUGUCUUAUUCCGUAUUUUAGGACACAAAGACGUAACGUCGGAACUUGGCGUUGUUUUCUUUGGCUCGUAAAUCAUCGUAAAGGUAAACUUCCAGGGUAAAUCUGGGAGGAUGCGGGAUAGAUGGACAGAUGGACGAGACACGGUGCUAGCAGGCUAACUAGCUGCUGAGCCACUCCUCUUCAGCAGGCAGCGCUUUCUUGGUGGGAGAGUGUCUCAUUCCUGUCUCGACAUCGCACCACUCACAUUUGUUCUGCUUCCAUUCAAGUCAAGAAGUCUCACGGAAAGAUAUCAAUGCUUGGAUUUUGUUGGUUUUUAAAAAGAUUCUCAUAAAGACAUGAUUGGGCAUCCUACUUUCCUUUGCCUCCCCUGAAAACGCAACAGAAAGUCAAACUACUGGCAUGGAAGGGACUGGAGAGAUCAGUGACACUGACAGUGGCAUUAUCCUUCAUUCAGCAGGCUCUGACAGCCCGACCACGCAUACAAAGGAUGUGACCACGCACACACGAGCUAUGAAACUCAAACACCAAGCGCUACAAGACCGCCUUGAGAUAUGCAUCCUGGAGCUAAAGAAGCUCUGCAUCCGAGAAGCGGAGUUGACAGGCCGGCUACCAGAAGAUUACCCUCUACUACCAGGAGAGAAGCCGCCGCAGAUUCACAGACGUAUUGGAGCUGCAUUUAAACUGGACGAACUAAACAUUCCUGGGGGAUCAGAGGACUCAGAACUGACUUCUGUAGAUGCUGAAUUAGCUCUUAAAAUGAAGAUUUAUGAAGCUGCACGCAAGCUCUGUGAAGAGGAUCACUCGAGCAAGGCUGUGAGGAAGAGCCGUUUACAGCAGUGCAAAAGAGAGGAAAAGAAACUUAAGCAGCUGCAAGAGACAGCGUUUCAGCUGCAACUGGAGCGUGGUCGAUCAUCACCACUCCCUGCUUUUAAUAUUACACAACAAGAUCUUGGCACAUCUGAUGACAGUUCUCUAUCAGAUUCUGUGAUGCCGGAUGAAGAAGUUACAAGUCAGUCCUCACAGCCUUUCUCAGGACCCCCUUGUCCACUGGAGGCAGUUUCUCCCCGUCCUCCCCCCAAGUCCACGCAUUCCUCCGUAGAAGGCUCCCGCAUGUCUCGCUCUUUGGCUCCACAGUCCCCUCUGCUGAACCUGCGUCAAUCUCCCUGUCUUAGCCUUGACUCUACGUUGAGUUUAAACUCGAGCCCUGUGCAUGACCCUCCCCCCAUCCAGCACUCCCCGUGGACUGAGUCCAGUCUUGACCAGCCUUAUGAGAAGGGCAAGAAGUCACGCUCCUCUAGCAAAAUGAGCAGCCCAGCUAAAUCUGAUGUGUUGCCACCCUUGGACACUUGCCUCCCACCGUCUCCGCUGCCACACCAAUUUUCACGUUUGAAACUGGGCCGCACCCAAACAAACAGUACACCCUCUACACCAGAGAUGCGUGUGCACAGACAACUGUCGCUCAGGCUGUCAAAUCCUGAAUCUUACUACCAUAAGGACCGCGGUCGCACCAGAGGUCCAAGGAGGCGACUGACGGCGUGUGGAAUAACAUUCCCAGAGACUCCUUCUCCUACACUGAGUUAUGGAAACCAUGCCAGCUCUGAGGAUGGAAACUCAGAAAAUUCCUUUUCCUCUCACGGUAGCUCUCCAUGUCAGGAUUUUCCCUCUGACUUACCCAAAGAGUAUCAGCCUGCAUCACCACUCUCUAGCCAAGCCGGCAGCUAUGGAGUGCAAGGCUUCCCGUCCCCUGGUUUUCAACGUAAUGAAAGGUACCACUUCAGCCCUGGUUGUCAAAGAAAUUAUUACAAUGAAGAUAUGGUGUACCCUCCCGAGAUGGAUAUGGCUCGAAGCUGUUUCCCACGGCAACCUCAUUGUUCACCGAAAAGAUAUGAAUAUUGGUGUAAGGACAGUGUUGUACCACACCAGAGAGCACAGAGGCCUUUGCCUCCUGAUUUCAGACUUGCAUCGCCUGCACAGUUGCACCAUCCACACUACCGCUUCGGUGGUCUGCCGCAGCAAGCGGUGAAGGAGCAACUGAAGUCGUGGCACCGGCGAAGUCAGUUAAGAGCACCAAGGUCUCGCUCUCUGGACAGACAGGGAGCGAUCAGACUAAAAAACGCUUGUCCUCUGGAGUUACCCCGCUACGAGAGUCAGAAGUACAAUGACCAAGUUCUUCAAAGAGUACCUCUUCAGAGAGCUGCAGAUGACAGUCAAGGGUGCUGGGUCAUAGACGAUGGCUCUCACUAUAUAAGCCAAGUGUGAAGAGAAGAAACUUGAAUAUCAGAGACUGAUGUUUUUCAAAUAAACCAAAGGGAACUGGUUUAAAAUAAGAUUGCGUCUACGAUUAAGGAUUGCUUUUUUUGUUAAAGUUGUUUUCAUCAUCCUUUUUACCUUUCUGGCUGCAUAUAAGCAUACAAAAUGCAACAUAACGAAAGAUUGUAUGAAGCCUCCAGCUCUUGUAUAGAUUUGGAGGGCAACUGUAAGGUAUCUUUUGUUCCGUUCCACAUCUGUGUUCAUGUUUACUAAAGGUUACAAACUAAGCACUGAAAGAAUGCUUGUGAAAUAAUAAAUAGUAAAAGGGAGACCUUUUCUUUACUACUGUGUGCCACAGUAAUUCUGACAUCAUAAACUCUCAGCUCACCUGUAUGAUCUUUUUCUCAAAAAGCAGACAUUUAUUUGGUUAUCAUGACUUAUUGUAUAAUACAACAUGACAUAUUAUGUCAUGUUGGUUUGUGUUUUGUCUGUAUUUCAAGCAGUCAAAAACAAAACGUAUUAUUUGGCAGCAUGACGGUAACAGAAAUUCCCUAACACAAAAUUGUUUAAUAUACUAUAGACAAUGAAAAUAUGGAUGUUUCAUAAAUUAUUUUGCUCAUAUAAAGCAGCUAAAAUAAUCUCAGAUAAACUGUAAUCAUAAGGAAAAACUGCCCUCUUUACUUUUGAUGCUUAAUUCACCAGCUUUUAUACUGUCAGUUAACUUGAAUUACUAACACAUUAAUCAGCAAGUCGAAACAAGGUACUAACUCACUCACAUGACAUACGGUGUAGCAAUUUAAGUUAGUGUUUGAUCCUGGCAGCUAUUGAGACUAGUUUUAACUUUAUCUUUGUGUACCUGUGGGCACCCUUGGGGUCCCUUUUUUCCUUGUUUGUAAUAAUAAAUAUUUUAACCUGAAGUUAACAGCAUAUCACUAGGCACCAGCCUAUAAUUCAUUAUCAGACCUUUAACUGCAUCUACAAACUGACUUGUCUCUCUCAAAGAUCUUGUUAUAUGUUAAAUUAUUCCAAUUGGCGCAACUGGACACAUGGUAAGUCAGACUUGAAAUGAAAGGUAUGGCUCCUAGUUUGCAGGAAUAAUCCAUUGUCUUGUAUAUAUAUAUA